CGCAUCGUGCAGAAGCCGAGUCCACAUACCCAGCACACAAAGAAGUCAUUUGGGGCAGGCUGACGCACACUCUUAAAAUAAUAACGCAUGAAAAUAAGAGUACAUCGCUCACUGUAGUGUGUACACUUGGCAUCAGUGCGCGCAACGACGCCGCGUAAAUUGGUAGGAGUGUUAAGGUGAGGGUGUGUUAGAGGCGCCAAGUGUUUUGGUAAACCCGCUACUUCAAUGAGCGACAAACGAGAGAAGGGCCUGGUACACAGUGCGCCCAUCGGACUAUGCCUUCCCCAACUCGGGAGGAAAGCAAAGGGGAGGCAGAGGACGAAGCAACGUACAGCGGCGCCAGGGAGCGAGGGACAGGCAACCGUCUCGUAUGCGCUCUGGAGAUGGAGAUGACAAACCGCAGCCUGCACGGCGACUCCAAAGUGGAUUGUGUAAAUUGCGAUGGCUUGAUCAACCGAAACGGCGGGGACUCGGCAGAAGUGUCCGUACCACUGUCACUUCCCGGGAAGCGGACGGCUCACACGGAGGGAGACGACCUCUACAGACUACGAGACAGAAAGUUUUUAUUAGAGGAUAAAAAACGCCUUUGCGCGUUGGCUUUGGGGACUGCUCUGCUCGGGAUACUGCUCACGAUUAUCCACGCCGAGAUAUGUCCCUUCGUUUACAAACCGGGUUCAAACAUUGCCUUAUUCAUCAACUGUUCCAUCAGCCUGUCCACUGGGUGUCUCCUGAUCCUCAUCAUAGCAUUCCAUUAUAAGGACAUUAGGCUGUUUAUCAUUGACCACAACCAGGUGGACUGGCGUAUUGCCAUGACCAGCCACAGGGUUCUCGUGAUCACUCUGGAGCUGUUGGUCUGUGUCAUCCAUCCUGUUGGCACAUACUGGGAGGUGGGCUUCCAUGCCAACUCCUCUUCCUCAGCUCCGCUCUGUGUUUCAAACCACCACCGUGAGGCCCUGAUGGAUAUGGAGCUGCUGUUAUCAGUGCUGAUGUUCCUCCGCUUGUACUUGGUGCACAGAGCCAUCCUGCUGCAUAGCAAAGUGCUGCUGAGUGCCUCCUACAGGAGCAUUGGCUCGCUCAACAACAUCAACUUCACCUUCCGCUUUGUUCUCAAGAUACUAAUGAACAAAUACCCGGCGCGCACGCUGCUGGUCUUCAUCCUCUUCUUCUGGCUCACUGCGUCCUGGAUGCUUACACUGUGUGAGAGACAGACCCAAGCAACGACAGGUCACAUGGACACAGCUAUGUGGCUCAUAGCCAUCACCUUCCUUACAGUGGGCUAUGGUGAUGUGGCCCCCAACACCAGCUGUGGCAAGGCUGUGUGUCUCUUCACUGGAGUCAUGGGUGUAGCCUGCACUGCUAUGCUGGUGGCAGUUGUUACCAAGAUGCUGGCGUUGAACAAAGGAGAGAAACAUGUACACUUCUUCAUGCUGGACAUCCAGAUCUCUAAACGGAUCCGCCACGCUGCUGCUAAUGUGCUCAGAGAGUGCUGGCUUCUGCACCGCACAAAGCUCACAAAGGGCAACCGCGGUGAACACCGAAGACACCAGAGAUGCCUACUGGAAGCCAUCAGAGUAUUUCGGCAUUUACGCCUCAAACAAAAAAAACUGAGAGAUUACGUCAGUGAGAUGGUGGACCUCCCUAAGAUGCAGAUGAUCAUGUGCGACCUCAGUGCCAAUUGGAACAACUCCUACCGGGAGCUGGAGCAGCGAAUCCUUUCCAUGGAGCAGAAGCUGGACGAACUGAGUCGCUGCUUCCAACAAACCUCUGAGCUGCUGUCUCAGGUUCUCCGUCACCGAAACCCAGAGAUUAGGUGACAUGGCUUCAUACACUUGUUACGGAAACAGAUAGUGUUUGUCAUUGUUUCAUCUACAGUACUCAAAGUGAGACGGUAAAUCCUCUCCACCCGGAGCUGCUCCAGACUCUUAACAUGCUGAACCACUUGAAGGACUGGCAUACCUACUAAAGAUCUCAUCUUCUGGCCCUGUGUUGAGUGCACUGCACAGUGACUCAUAACUGUAAAAGUAUACAGAUAAAACAAGACUUCCAAUAACUGUGGCAAGAAUCACACAGCGCAUUUUGAAAAAUCUGUUCUUUUCAGCAUAUAUUUAAUAUAUUUGUGAUGGUGCACAGGCUCCAGAUCUUGCUCUUUUAACUAUUUGUAAAGUUACAUUGAUGGACUCCAUCAUUGCUUAUUCCUGUGGAAUAAGAUACUUAUUUUUACAUGUUAAUUUUAUUUAAAAUUCCAUGCAAUAUUUUACAGUUAGCCUAAUCAGUUGUAUAAAAAGGUCUUGCAAAUACUCUUUUUCAUUAGCUGACAGUUUAAUGGUUAAAUGGUUGAUUAUUGUUUGGAAACAGGAAUUUUGAAUAUAAUACACUCUUUAACACGUCAUCAUUGUUCUGCUUACCCCUAACCCACCAAGUGAAUUGUGAAUGAAAUGUGCUUUGAUGCUUAUAACAGAGAAAAAAAACUAAAUGUCACUUUAAGCAUUGUGGAAGAAACUUUUAUUUCCAACUGUGCUUGUUUAAGGGAUGUCAUCUGAAACUCAAAGAUUUAUGUGAACAUUUAAGGUUGUAAUCAUCUGAUGUAGGAAAAGCUAACAGUUUGCACCUGCUCUGAGAACAACAAAACUUGAACGUGGGUUGUCUUUUAGCAACCCACAGCUCCAUCUAGUGGACAUAAAUUAUGUAAACUACAUAAUAUUGAGGAC